AUGUUUAUAUUUUCCAAGUAUGGAUCAAAGGCUCUAACAGCAACAAAUGGGAAACAAUGUCAAGAAACUGGGGACCUAAUCUAUCUGGCAAAGCCUUUUACUUACCUUAAUGGCCAAAGUCUUUCCAUUCAAAAUCCAAACCAGUAA